UUUAUCAAGAAAUCCGGAUUGUUUACUCACGAUACCAUUCCAAUUUACCAAAAAAACAAUCCAAAUGUCGUCCCGCGUGCCACGCCUGGGGGCCCAACAGAAGAAAACCAACAACUUAGCCUACCUGAAAAAGGCCAAACAGGCUUGCAUCAGAAACAAUUACGCCAAAGCCUACGAGAACUUCGUCUUGUACUUCGAAAGCCUAGAAGACCCGGCCGACUCCGAUCUAGCCGUACAGGGCGUUUUCACGCGCCUCGUCUGCCGAAUGGGCUCCAUAUUAGAGGAAACCUCCAACACGGAAGAGCUGCUCAAAUGCUAUAUACAAGCCUUGAACUUCUUCCCCGACAAUUACCUUAUACUGAACAACCUGGGAGCCUACAUGUUCAAGAUAUCGGAGAUAAACAUAGCGAGACGGUACCUAGAAAAAGCAUUCCGAGUAAACAAAAAUUAUCUACCUGCCGAGAUUAAUCUGAUGCACGUUAAAUGGCACCAAAUGCCUAGGUGGCAUUUCCGCAUGUUAAACGAUAAGGCUCGAAAUGAAGCCUAUAAGGCUGCCAUCGAAUCUGUAACAGCCAAAGGGUAUAAAAACGUAGUAGAUAUCGGAGCAGGCUGUGGUCUAUUGAGCCUCAUAUCUGCUCGAAUACCCGACACUUCUGUACUAGCUAUCGAGGAAAAUAAACAGCUCUACGAUAUGUGCUUGGAUGUUAUGAAGAACAAUCAAGUUACCAACGUGAAGGUUAUGCAUUGUUAUUCUACGGAUAUCGAAGAUCCUCCGGAUAAAUGCAAUUUGCUGGUAACGGAAGUGUUCGAUUGUGCCCUAUUCGGCGAGAAAGCAUUAUGCACUAUAUACCAUGCUAUAUCAGUAUUACGAACCGAAGAAGAUUACAAAAUAAUACCAGCCGGAGCUAAAUUGUACAUCACAGGUAUAACUUGCGAAGACCUCAUCAAAAGGCACAAAUUAACAUUAGAUAAAUCAUUGGAUUUGUUAAAUUUGGGCAACAUAUGCCUAACCGAGCACGAUUUGGAACCUUACGAAACUGAGAAUCUAACCGAAAGAAACGUCGAAUACCUAACAGACAGUCACCGAGCCUUCGAUAUCAAUUUCUACGAUCUCGAACAAAUCGGGGAGAUUCUAAAAGACGAAACCUACGAGAAAAUAAUCCACCUAAAAUGCCUAAAAGAAGGGGAAAUACACGCGUUCGCCGUUUGGUUCGAUUUGAAUUUAACCGAUGACAUAACGAUCACAAACAAUCCGUUAAACGCCGAUCGAGUAACGUGCUGGGAACAAGCCGUCGUCUAUCUAGAUCAUCCCGUAGAAGUGGAAACAGGAACCGUACUAACCGUCAAAGUCGGCGUGAAGGAUUGCGGAUUGCACGUGGAAUUGAUAGAAAUCGAACCCCAUCGAAAUCACACGUGUUUCAAAGCCUCCAAAGAUGUCAUCACGUUUUUGAACGAUCCGAAAUUGGUCGAUACGAUAGCCGGUCUCGAGCAGAAAUUUCGCGAUGUUAAUUUCACGGUAGUAGACAACAACUGUUUCCCUCUAUUGGGCUUUCUCCUGGCUAAAACGGGCGAUUCGAGCACCGUAUACCAUCCUAUAAAGCAAGAAACAGACAGGGCCUUCUUCGAUUACCUAUUAACAGUUAAUCGAAUACCUAAGGAAAGGUUCGUGAUUGUCAAAGGAUUGGAGGAUACGCCCGGCGAGGAUAGGACGAUUUUCUUCUUCGAUUCCAUCCACGUGGACGGUUCGUUGCAGAAUUAUUGCCUGACGAAGAACGAGAUCGCCACGUGGAUAAACGUACCGCAAUGUUUGAACGUUGUAGUCCAAUUGAUCAAUUCGCCGUACAUCGAAAUUUGCAAUAAAGUGGACGACGCGAACGUGUUCGGGUUCAAAAUAGCCGAUGUUAUUAACGAGUAUUCCGGCUUCGAACACCCGAAUUUGGAGCGGUUAAAGUACGAAGAAUACUCUACGCCGGUGAAAUUCCGUCUGGAAGGGGACGGUGAGGCAUCCAAGAAUGUGAUAGCUUUAAAGAAAGGCGAUUGCAAUGCGAUAUUGUUGUGGUACGAGAUUCGAUUUUACCAGGACAUCGUGUAUUCGACGUUAAAUAGCACACACUAUAAAAAGACCUGUUACUUCCUCAACGAGCCCAAACAGUUAGAAUUAAGCGAUGGUGUUACUGUAAAAAUGAAAAUAAACGACACUUAUAUGAAGUUUUCUAUUGCAUAGUUACCGUUGAUGUAUUGAUAUGGUUUAUUAUAGUUUUUUGAUAUUAA